CACAGUAGCUCUUUCUUUAUCUUUAUUUCAACCUGAAAACAUCUUUUUAGAGGACAAUAUUCAGCCUAAAUGGAGAUCUUGUGGAAUACUGUCGUUAUUGUUUUUGACUGACUUGAUCCGAACUUGGCACAAAUCUUUUUUGUUGGUUUGUCUUCUAAGGAGCUGUCACAAUGGCGACUAUGAAGCCCCGGUUGAAAGUGCUGAAAAAGCGUCGCUCCAGUCUUUUUGCAACCAUAAAACGGGAGAUUAGUUUUUCACAAAGCAUUGAAGAGCAGGAGUGUGAAUUCCCCUUCUCACAGGACAGCUCUGUGAAACCAUGGACAUCUAUGAACAACCUAGAUGCUCUUGAUGAAAAAAAAAGUUCAACGAAAGAUCAGAGCAAAGGUGCACCAAACCCAAGGAAAUCAAACAUUGUCAAGCUCAAUGUGGGUGGAAAAGUGUUUCACAUCCCAAAGCAUUUGGUCCUCCAACACCCAAAAACCAGGAUUGGAGUCCUUGCCCUCUGUGAUGAUCCUGUGAAACGUCUGACACUCUGUGACGAUUACAAUGUUCAGAAUGACGAGUUCUUUUUUGACAGGGACCCCAUGUUUUUCCACUACAUCUUCCACUUUUAUUGUAGUAAUGUCCUGUGGGUGAUGGAUAGUCUCUGCCCUGUCAAUUUUGAGGAGGAGAUGUCAUUCUGGGGGUUGAAACUGAAGGACACGCCAAGGUGCUGCCGCAUUCUGUUUGAGGAGAAACUGGAUGACAUCAGAGACCAACUGAAGGUCAACCAGGAGCUGAUUGAUGAGAUUAAGCCUCACCAAGAUGACGCUGGGUACAAGACCAUGUUUCUUGGAGAUAUUCGGAAAAUCCUCUGGAACUUGAUGGAGAAUCCUUACUCCUCAUUGUCAGCCAAAGCCUUUGCUGUAUUUUCCAGUCUCUUUGUGCUUAUCUCUAUUGUUGCCAUGACAAUGAAUACGGUGAAAGAACUCAGACAAUACAAACUUGCUGGCAGAACCUACAUGGAGUGGAUAGAAAUUAGUUCCAUCCUUUUCUUCACCUUGGAGUACUUUUUGCGGUUAUUCACCACAUCCAACAUCAAACAUUUUGUGAAGAGUGCCCUCAACUUUGUUGAUGUGGUGGCUGUCAUGCCCUACUUCGUCCAGAUCCUUUUUGAGGCAUUUGUUAUGGAUUCAGAAGACUUAAGUGCAAAGGAAGAUUUGAAGACCAUGGCAAGGGUCAGUAAAGUCAGCAAGGUGCUCAAGGUCGUCAAAUUGAUGCGCAUCUUCCGUAUCUUGAAGCUUGCCCGUCACUCCACGGGCAUGAGGGCGUUUGGUUUCACCAUCCGACAGUGCUCUGAGCAGGUGUGCUGUCUGUUUCUGUUCAUUGCCAUGGGCAUCUUCACCUUCUCUGCUCUGAUGCACUCUGUGGAAGUGGAUCAGCCUGGGACACCAUUCAGCAGCAUACCAGAUGCCUGGUGGUGGGCUGCGGUGAGCAUCUCUACUGUGGGCUAUGGCGACGUCGUUCCUAUCUCCUAUCUUGGCCGCUGUGUGGCAUUUGGCUGCAUCUCUUUUGGCAUCAUUCUCAACGGCAUGCCCAUCUCCAUUCUGUUCAACAAGUUUUCCGACUACUACGCCAAACUGAAGGAACAGGAAUACAGUGUUUCAAACACCGAGCGCACCUUCCAGCUCAAGAAACGUCUGAGGCGCAAGUUUGACAGCUGCUUCGAACCCCAGCCAGAGGAGUCAGAUGAUGAGAUACACUAUCGGCCCAGCAGAAGUCAAAAUAUCCACGAGAACCAGGAUUGAGCAAAGCUGCCAACUUGUGACCUCGCUAACCCUAAACGGCCUUAUCAUGGGUCUGGACCCCAUCUGCCUCCAACUCUGAGCCUACGUGAUGUGAAGAGAAACAUUCUAAGGGGGAAAUGGAGGCAGCAGCAAGUUGAGAUAAGCUUUAAGCCUCAGCUUUACAGUAUAGGUGCUGUUUGCACGCUAUGGGUAAUGACUCCUCAGUCAAAGUCAAAUGGACAAGACGCUCCCACUGGACAGCAAUUGUUAUCUGUUUCUAAGAAUAGCCCCUGGCUGUAACUAAUUCUGAUUAAACUGAAAUGUUUGACACAAGGAGGUCAAGUAGUAACAUUAUUAAUGAAACAAUGUUACACCUGAAUCACUUCAAAGGGAGCAUUAUGCUUUUGAAUAACUGUUUUCAUUGGAAGUGCUAUUAAUUAAUUAUUUUGGACAACUACAUGGUCUGUUACAUUUUACUUACAAUAGACAGUAUAACUUUGAUUUCAGUCUUCUGUAAAACUUUUGGCCAGUACCAACUAGUUUAAACAUCACGGUGAACUGUAGUCAUUGUCUUCCACUUUCUUAGGCUAAGGAAAUACAAAUGUACCAGCACUGAUACCCUCUCAGAUUCAUGUGCACCUGAGAAAAAUCAUCAUCAGUGCAAAGCUCUUCCAUGUGCCAUGCUUGAUGUGUCAGCAAAGUGGUAUUCUUGUCAAAAGAACACUCUAGUCACUCAGCGUGCUCUUGACUGUACCUAAGUGGGAGGAGAGGCGCAGCAGGGGGUGUGUCAAUGGCAAUCAAGAGCAUGAGUGUAAUUUUGUUGUCAAGGAUUACUGGGAUUUGUGCUUGCGCCUCCUUCCUGGUCAGACAAGGGCAAAAGUCAAUUAUGUUCUAUACUAUUUUGGUCUAGAAUCAAAUCAGGUGCACACAAUCAGGUCAUAUUUAAGUUCUAUCAAGCUACUUUCAUGGAUGAUAUUUUAACAGUUUAUUUCUCAUAUACUGUAGAUCCCUCAAGUAGGAAAACUGAGAUACACCAUCUUUCAUGCUCACUAGUUACACAUGGAAAAUGGUGCUGAUAAUCUCCAUCCGACAUGUCAGUCAUGAUCCUAGCAGGGACUGAGAAUUGAGCUCCAAGGUGGGGUACCCCAGUGGCUCGCCUGGUGGAGCGCACGCACCAUGUGUGGGCCUGGGUCCUCGCCGCAGCGGCUUGGGUUCGGGUCCAGCCCACAGUCCUUUGCGGCAUCUCAUCCCCUCUCUCUCUCCCACAUUUCCUGUCUCUCUUCGGCUGUUCCUAUUAAAUGGAGGCAAAAAGUCCCAAAAAAGAAUCUUUAAAAAAAAAAAAGAAUUGAGCUCCAUGGUCUUGGCCUGUAGAUGUCAGGAUCAAGCAUGGCCCAGUCCUGUCCUUGAACUGUACUGUUGGCUGUGUUUAGCUCUUCGGCUAAGAUCGUUAAACCAAUUCCUGUUCUGGGCAACAGUUCUCUGAAAACCAGAGAGUUCAGAUCUCUUGAGGACUGUUCUGUUCAGUGUGCCGGUUUUAUAGAAAAAGGAGGGCCCCCACACCCCCAUUCUAACUGUACUGAUGAUGUGUUGUGCCUCUGGUCAUGAAAAACCUCUGAUUUACAAUAACAGAUCCGUAUAAAGUAUUAGACCUUGACUUCACCCAUAUGAAACAUAAUUAGAGACAGUAUUGUAUGUUGUAUCGUAUGUGAUCAGGGGUGAAUCAUCAUAUAACAUUACUAAUGCUUCCUUGUUUUUGGUUGAGUUUUCUGCAAGUCCAAAAAUAUUUGUUGAAGAAUAAGAAACGUAUAUAACUGUAUGAAUGUGAUAGAAAUUGCACCGGUAAAAAACAAAAGGUGACAAAAGAAGGACACUUAAUGAUAUAUAUUUAAUUUAACAGGCAUAUCUAGUUAUUUAAUUCCAUUUAAUACCUUUUUCAGAGAUGAAAGUCUAUCUAUUACUCAGUGGCUGUAAAAAAUGAGCUUUGCUAUGUGCAAAUAAUGUAAAAUGUGUAAUUUUUCUUUCUUGUGCAUGAAAACAAAACAAAACUAUAAAACAAACAGGCUGGAAACCAUGUAAAACACAGAUUUUAUUAUAUAUUAAAAUAUAUUCUUAUUCUCAAUACCCCUGAAAGCUGAAAAAAGGGGAUUUCUUGGUCAAUAAAAAAAAAUCUUCUUCAUGGCA